AUGUCAUCAGCCGCUGGCGCCAACACGCUGAUCGUGCCGUUCGUGGGCAUGCUCUCGGACCACACUCGCGGACCUUUCGGGAAGCGCAAGCCCUACAUUCUGUUGAGCGCGGCCCUGGCGUGUGGCGGUUUGCUGUGGUUGCCCCAUGCUACGGGACUACCCGACCUCGUAGCCUCGUACCUCAUGCUGGGCAUUGGAGCCAACAUGGGCCUGCCGGCCUACUUUUCGCUCAUGCCGGACAACGUGCCUCUCCAUCAGCGAGGCAUGGCGUCAGGCUGGUCCAUGCUGUUUUACUCGCUGGGCGGCUUCUCGGGUGGAGUGUCGAUGGGCUUUCUGCUGACGGCGACGAGCUACGAGGUGUGCUCCUACGUGAUCGUGGGCGUGAUGUUUGGAGGUGUGGCCAUGUUGAUCGCCUUUUCGCCCGACUCUACUGUCGACCGCAACAAACUCCCCGCGAAAGAAGUGGAUGAGACGGGCAUACGCGCUGAUGCCAACAUCAACGGUGAACAGCGAAAGCACAAGCGACCGUGGACCCUCGGGCGAGUCAUCAAGGUCACCCUGCUGGCCGUGGGCAAGUACUGCUACAGCUACUUCACUCCCUUCUUCAUGGGCGACUUCAUGUGGGCCUGGCUAUCGACGGGCUUCUUUUGGACGGGUUCCUACACGCUCUCCAACUUCAUGCAGUUCUACUACGCCGACGCAUUUACGCAGCCAUACCACAUCUUCAAUGCCAUCACGAUCAGCAACGCAGAAUCAGCGAUGUCCGUGUACACGGGCUUCAACGUGGUGGGGACGCUGCUCUUCAGCCUGCUUUCGGGCAAGCUGAUCGACGGGUGGUUUGGUUAUCGCUUCACCGACACCCUCGGCGCCUUGGUGGUCGCCGCGGGAGUGGGCGUCAUCGCUUCCUCCACCAUCUACGAGGUCACACUCGUAGGAGGACUGGCAACGUCAGCGCAGAUGGCGCUCAACUCGCGGGUACUGUCGAAGAACGACAAGAAUGAGGACGUCAGCAACGCCAAGGAUAUGGGCAUGAUGAGCAACAACACCAACCUGGCGCAGAUCCUCGCCACCUCCGUCAACGGGUUCCUUCUCGACUACUUCAAGGAGUACGCCUGA